ACACAACAUGGGCUCAGUAACAUUUCUUGUACUGCUUUUAGCUAUCCUGUAUGAUGGUGGUUCAUCGGAUGAUCCAUCCUCAGUCACACCUAUAUGCAGCACAUGGGGUAGAGGAACAUUCUCAAACUUCAGAGGCACAUCUUACUUUUUUCCAACCACAUGUACCUAUGUUUUCAGUCGUCAUGAUGUUGAUUCAGGAGCUGAAUUCAAUAUUCAGUGUAAACGUGGACAAACAGGUGUCCUAGAACAAAUACAGAUCAUGAUUGAUGGAGUAUACAUCCUUGUAAAUAAUGGAAUAAUCACCGUUAAUGACCAACCCAAGGGUUGUAGUUAUGUCCGUGUUCUUUUAAUCUGCAAAUUUGCUCCUCUCCAAGUUUGCCAAUAG